GCGCACACCCUGCGUUGCCAUGGCGACGCGCAUAUAAGCGUGCGCCGGCGCCGCUCCGCACAGUACCUACGCGACGCUAGCCCGUACGCACACGGUAUAGCUUAAGCUUUGUGAAGCGGCACCAACAUGAUGCUACGUUUGUCAACUUUUAUUGCGUUACUGGCUGUUACUUUGGCCCAGAACGGCUAUGAAUACAACAAACCGAACCAACCGUUUGGAUCGGGCACUACACCGAACCGACCCGGCUUCCCUGGAACCGGUGGGACCUCUGGCGGCUACCCCAGCUCUCCGACUGCACCAUCUUCCCCCAAUGGACCUCAGCGUGACGAGUACCCCAGCACUGCAGGCGGUUCUACCCCGGGUUUCCCUUCUGGAUCUCCUAGCUACCCUACUGGCCCUAGUCAAGGCUUUCCAGGGUCUAGCACACGACCAGGACAACCUGGGCAGUCCAGACCGCAAGGUGGUGCCGGAUUUCAGCCCACUUUCCCAUCUGGGCCACAGAAUGUUCCGGGACAGCCCGGCGCGGGACCCUCUGGAACCGGUUUCGGCUCUGACACUGGCGCCUACGAGGGUGGAGACUACUCUGCUAUCCCCGGUGAACCGGACAGGGACUACCCCAUCCUUACAGAGAUCCCUCAGACGUCCUUCAGAUGCGAUGCUCAGGCUUAUCCGGGGUACUACGCCGAUGUCGAGGCCCGCUGUCAAGUCUUCCACGUGUGCGCCAACAACAGAACCUAUGAUUUCCUCUGCCCCAACGGAACCAUCUUCUCCCAGCAAGUCUUCGUCUGCGUUUGGUGGAAUCAGUUCGACUGCAACUCUGCCCCUGGUCUAUACGAGUUGAACGCAAAUCUCUACCAAGAAUCCCCAAGACCCGGUUCUGCUCAACAAGACUACGCUCCCCAAGGUCCCUCAGCUUCGUACCCUGGUAGCAUUGGUCCUCAAGGUCCUUCCUCACCUUACCCUGGCGGCAACACCCCUCAAGGUCCUUCGUCAUCGUAUCCGGGUAGCAAUGCCCCUCAAGGUCCUUCAUCUUCUUACCCGGGCGGCAACGCUCCGCAAGGCACACCAUCCUACCCUGGCAGCACUCCUCAAAGGCCUUCCUCGUCCUUUCCCGGUUCCCCGCAAGGGCCUUCGCCGACAUACCCUGGUAGUUCUGGACCACAAGGCCCUUCGUCCUCUUAUCCCGGGAGCACGGGUCCAUCUUCUGGUUUCCCAGGCUCUAGCAGUCCGCAGGGACCCACGUCAUCCUACCCAGGAUCGCAAACUCCGUCGGGUUACCCUGGCUCUUCUACUGGAAACUUCCAAGGGUAUCCCUCGGGGGCACCUACUGGUCCGAGCUUCCCCACCGGUGGAAACACCGGGAGACCACAGGGUCCCUCCAACGACAACUACCCACAACCACCUAACAGAGAGUACCUGCCACCUAGAAAUUGAGCCAUCCCGAUCUAUUGGUAACACGAUGUACCUACCUAUUUAGAUUGAAAGACUUGGAGCUGUUAAGUUACUUUUAAUGUAGUCGCGUUGUGAAAACUACGUAAGUAGUAGUUGCCAUAAUGUUGUAUUUGUAGCCAGCCAGUAUUCUGAGGAUUAACGUCAUUUGACGCACAACUAUACAGAUAUUUGUACAAAUAAUAUUGGAGCUACUUUGGAUAUCAAGACUAAGUAUUAUUAUUAAGUACUAAGUACUUAAUAGUAGGUACUUAUUACCUACUCAUAGAUCUAUAUUAUUUUUUUGAUUUCAUGUAUUAAGUAAAUGUGUCAGGGCAUUAAAGUUAGACAAACGAUAAAGUUGGUGCUGCCUAAUGUUUUAGCUUAAGUUUAGUUUUUAAGAACUUAUACCUAGGUAUAAUAAGUAUAAAUAUAAGUUUAUUUUCCACCAAAA